AGGCAAUGACACUUGAAGAAGUUCAAACAGAAACAAAGAAUUAUCCUACAUUAUGUAAAGUGAUGCAUUUUUUGAGUGCAGGACACUGGAGACAUGCACCACAGGAUUCAGACUACACUGAUUAUCCAAUGCUGAAAGCACUCUACCGCCUACGAAACGAACUGACAGUCAACGCUGGAGAGAAUGUCAUCCUCAGAGGAACACGACUUGUGCUACCUACCUCUCUCCAACGUAAGGCAAUAAGCCUAGCCCAUGCCGGUCAUCUUGGCAUUGUUAAGACCAAACAACUGUGGGAUUCCGGGGAAGAAGUGUGGAGUCAUUAUCUUUACCGCGGAGGAGCUCAGUAACUGCAGGGAUAUUGCUACCAUGCAGUUGUGUGCCAACAAGCUGGACAAAAAAGACUUUUUUGGCAAGUCGGACCCCUUCUUGGUUUUCUACCGGAGUAACGAGGACGGAACGUUCACCAUCUGCCACAAGACGGAGGUGAUCAAGAACACACUGAACCCGGUGUGGCAGCCCUUCACCAUCCCGGUUCGAGCUCUCUGCAAUGGCGACUUUGACAGGACUGUGAAGGUAGAUGUCUAUGACUGGGAUCGAGAUGGAAGCCAUGACUUCAUUGGCGAGUUCACCACCAGCUACAGAGAGCUGUCUCGAGGGCAGAACCAGUUCAAUGUCUACGAGGUUUUAAAUCCAAAGAAGAAAGGCAAAAAGAAGAAAUACAUCAAUUCUGGAACUGUAACUCUGCUGUCCUUCAAAGUGGAGUCCGAGUAUACCUUUGUGGAUUUCAUCCGAGGAGGAACACAACUGAACUUCACGGUGGCUAUUGACUUCACAGCGUCAAACGGUAACCCCUCCCAGCCCACCUCCCUUCACUAUAUGAGUCCCUACCAGAUGAAUGCAUAUGCCAUGGCCCUGAAAGCAGUAGGUGAGAUUAUCCAGGACUACGACAGCGACAAGCUCUUUCCUGCCUACGGUUUCGGAGCUAAGCUGCCCCCUGAUGGCAAAAUCUCCCACGGCUUCCCACUGAGCGGUGACGCUGAGAAUCCAAACUGUGUGGGCAUAGAGGGAGUUCUGGAGGCGUACUUCCAGAGCCUGAGGACGGUGCAGCUCUAUGGACCCACCAACUUUGCACCUGUCAUCAACAAAGUGGCAAACUGUGCAGCAGAGAUUACAGAUGGCUCUCAGUACUUUGUGCUGCUGAUGAUCACAGAUGGAGUGAUAUCUGACAUGGUCCAGACCAAAGAGGCUGUGGUCAAUGCCUCAUCACUCCCCCUGUCCAUAAUCAUCGUAGGUGUUGGACCUGCUGAGUUUGAUGCUAUGGAGGAGCUGGAUGGAGACGAGGUGAGAGUGUCCUCAAGAGGACGGCUUGCGGAGAGAGACAUUGUACAGUUUGUUCCGUUCAGAGACUACAUCGACAGAUCUGGUAACCAGGUCCUGAGCAUGGCGCGGCUGGCUAAAGACGUCCUGGCCGAGAUCCCCGACCAGCUGCUGUCCUUCAUGAAGAGCCGAGGAGUUGAACCGCGCCCGGCCCUCUCCACCUCACCUCUACCGGAGCUACAUCGGCAUAUCUGACUCCCACACUCUGCCUCUCCACCCUGACUCUCUCUUCCCCUCUCUGCUUAUCUACACUCACCUCUCAUACAGUCAUUUGUCACUUUAAAAGGAGCGGAAGGAUCGACCCGUGACUUGCCCUCUUCCUGUCUUAUCGUCGAUGGGGGGCGUACCAUACGAUGCAGCGGGCGCUCAUCCUUGACUCACCCGCUGCUGUUCUUCAUCUCCCCUUCUCUAACUCACCCUGUUACAUAGCAUUACUUUACAGAGCAGUAAGCCUGAGCCACAACUGCCCCCUCUUGCUCCCCAAUGACAAUCACUCACAGCUUGACAUUUCAGAUGUGUCUGUUAAUUCCCCUCCUGAGGGACUUUUAAAGCAGAGUUUUUUUCGUUUGUCCUUGUCCUCACCAAGUCUUGACACCAGUUACAUUUGGCAGGAGUACAAGAAAGUGCCAGACACUAAAUUGAAUAGAAGCUAGUCCCCAAAUGAAAGCUGAGCUCUUGAUGAGCAAUAGAUGCCAGCUUGCAUCAGGUGCUCUGUGGGUAUUUUUGGCCGAGCUCUGACUGUAACACAUUAGAGAGACUUGUCGUUGUGAGGACAGGUGUUUGUGAUUUACAGUAUACCAUCAUCGUUAUUGUCAAGCAGUUUCAAAUCUCUUGAAACUGAAAUAGAGGCUGGCAAACAAUCCGUUCAGGUUUUAGAACUUUGAGACGCGCCUUCCCAGGGGAUGAAGAAGAGUUGAAGGGUGGCGGUGUAGAGGGACAGAAGUGACGUCCUGGGUAGUUUGGUGUGUUGAUUUGUUCCACUUAUUUCCACCGUCAACAGUUAGAGCUGCAACAGUGGAUGUGACAUGCAGCUCAUGGCGUCAAUUUAGAUACUUCUAAUGCCUGUUUGUCGCAAUUUCUGUCAAACAUUAUUCUCCUUCUGCAAGUCAUGAAUCACUUAAACACAAUACACAUAUUUUUAGAUUCACUUCGACUCAAUUUCAGGAGAUAUCACUAUCUCCGUGUCCAUAGUGUGUAAGCACCAAUUAAUUUGCAAUGAAGUCAAAACACUGCAUUUAACCAACCAAGUUGGAAUCAAAGGUUUAGCAAGAAUACUUUUUCUUCAAACGUUUUUUUUAUGGUCAUGAUUUUGUUAUAAUCAUUUGGCCACAAGAGGUUGAAGUGAUGUCUAUAUGGGACCUUCAACCCUAAAUAUUAUUGUUCACUAUAUAUACCUACAUUACACAAUUAGUUUCCAAUUCGACUAUAUGGCAUUCUCAAUUAAAUUUCAAAUAACUGUAGUAGUAAAUUAAAAAACUAAAACUAUUUGUAAGAAGAGAAACUCCCUAAAACCCUUAUUUACAAUUCCGUUAUGUUAUAUGGUAAGUUAACGUCAUCUUCAAGAACAUUCAGGUUUUUAGGUAGUCUCCGGUAUCAUAGUGGUCCGUUAUCGUUUCAUGUACAUCCGUGACUACAUUGUAAACAGGAACUGCUAAUAGGCCUAUCUAAUUCAGCAUACUCAUAAUGAUUGUCAAAAUGUGAACAAAUCCAGUGCAAAAAAUGGGACUCAAAUUUCAACAAUCUGUAAACCGACAUCAUAUUUAUUGUUUACAGCCCCUGUAAUUGGAACCUACAGUAGUGGAAACAUUUGAGUCAGGUUAUCCCCCGAAUGACAGUCCAUCAAAGAAUAAUAACAGGAGUGACAAAUCCAUUAAUAUUGCAGGAGUGGGGGUUGCAGUUGUCUCGAUUCUGUUUGAGGGGGCCACAGUGUCCGACUUUGAAACCCCCCCGGAUUAAUCCGACCAGAUGAAUUAGUGACGAGAGGAAUAUUGUGAUGUGGAAGUCACACAGAGGGGAGCAGACAAGUGUUUGCGGGUGUAAUGCGGGGGUUCCGGUCACGUGUUCAUUAUUACAGACCUUCACACAGUGCUUAGACAAACACACACAUACACACCUCUGUCUGCUACACAACAACCCCCCUUUAUCUUUGCCCAGUGUGGGCUGAAGCUGGGUGCAGAUUCCCCCCCUGCUGUUAGAGAAAUGCCAGUCUCUCCGGCUGCCCUGC